AUGAAGAUACCCAUUUGCAUGCUUCCACUAACGCUUAUGCUUCUGGCUCUCUCUCACAUCUCGUGCGUGGUAGCAGAAGAGAGAGAGCAGCAGAUGAAUAAGACCUACAUCAUUCGCAUGGACAAGUCCAAAAUGCCUGCGAGUUUUGGCGACGACCAUUUCCAAUGGUAUGGCUCAUCUUUGAAAUCGGUGUCCAAGUCAGCAGACGUGCUCUACACCUACAGAACCAUAAUUCACGGCUUCUCCACAAGGCUAACUGCUGAGGAAGCUGAGCUGCUUGAAAAACAAACAGGGGUUGUUUCUGUUUUACGUGAGUUAAGAUAUGAACUUCACACAACUCGGACACCCGAGUUCCUUGGAAUAACCUUUGCCAGAAACGAGGCCAUCUUCCCGACAUCAGAUAAAAUAAGUAGGGUGGUUAUUGGCUUAAUUGACACCGGUGUCUGGCCUGAGAUCAAGAGCUACGAUGAUAAAGGUCUUGGGCCAGUGCCAAAGACCUGGAAAGGGAAGUGCGAGGAAGGAACAAACUUCAACUCAUCAAGUUGCAAUAGAAAGCUAGUUGGUGCGAGAUUUUUCCCAAAAGGAUAUGAAGCAUCAAUGGGACAACCCAUUGAUGAAAGAGUAGAAUCAAGAUCACCAAGAGAUGAUAGUGGCCAUGGAACUCACACCUCGACCACUGCAGCCGGGUCUGCAGUCCCGGGAGCUAGCCUAUUUGGUUAUGCUUCGGGGACAGCAAGGGGUAUGGCUACACAAGCUCGAGUAGCCACAUACAAGGCCUGCUGGUUUGGUGGGUGUUACUCCUCUGAUAUUAUAGCCGCAAUGGAUAAGGCUGUUGAAGAUGGCGUCAACAUUUUAUCUUUGUCCAUAGGGGGUACACGGUACCAUAAUUAUUACACAGACGCUAUGGCCAUCGGAGCUUUCUCUGCCAUGGCCAAGGGAAUCUUUGUGUCAGGUUCAGCCGGAAAUAGGGGGCCAGCUAAGGGGAGCUUGUCCCACAAUGCACCUUGGAUAACCACCGUGGGUGCUGGAACACUAGACCGUGAUUUCCCGGCUUAUGUUAGCCUUGGAAAUAGAAAAAAAUAUAGAGGUAUAUCAAUCUAUGCCGGACCAUCACUAUCUUGUGGAUUACUUCCACUUGUUUAUGCUGGUAAUGCAAGUAACUCCAUAGAUGGUGAUCUAUGCAGUCUUGACAGUCUGAUUCCUGGAAAGGUUGCCGGGAAAAUUGUGGUAUGUGAUAAAGGGAUAACCUACAACUCUGAGAAGAGUGCGGUGGUAAAAAAGGCUGGUGGUCUAGGGAUGAUUUUGGCAAAUACUAAAGCUUAUGGAGAAGAGGUUGUUGCCGACUCGUAUCUUUUGCCUACAGUAGUGGUUGGCCAGAAAGCUGGUGAUGCAAUAAAACGAUAUAUUGCCUCCCAUGAUAAUCCGAAAGCCACAUUUGAUUUUGGGAAAACGCAAUUAGGAGUGGAGCCCUCGCCAGUGGUGGCAGCAUUCAGCUCUAGAGGACCAAAUCUAAUCUCUCCAACCGUACUCAAACCGGACUUAAUAGCACCAGGAGUGAAUAUCCUAGCUGGGUGGUCUGGUGCAGUUCCACCAUCUGGAUUUUAUGAAGACACCAGGAGGGUGAGCUUCAACAUCAUUUCAGGUACAUCCAUGUCAUGCCCACAUGUGAGUGGGCUAGCUGCCCUUCUCAAGGCGGCUCACCCAAAAUGGAGCCCUGCAGCCGUUAAGUCUGCUCUCAUGACCACAUCCUAUACCACAUACAAAAAUGGAAAACCACUCAAAGAUAUUGCUACCAGAAAUGCUGCAACACCAUUCGAUUACGGUGCCGGGCAUGUGGACCCAGUGGCAGCCCUUGACCCAGGCCUUGUUUAUGAUCUUGGUGUCGAGGACUACCUAAGCUUCCUUUGUGCCUUGAAUUAUACAACAAGAGAUAUCAAGAUACUCACCCACAUAGACUUCACCUGUGAUUCAAGCAAGAAUUACAGGGCUGGAGAUCUAAAUUAUCCAUCUUUUGCUGUUUCUCUAAACACAAGUUCAGGCAACAGGGGAGCAGGCACUAAAAUAUACACAAGGACUCUCACAAAUGUGGGUACCCCAGGAACAUACAAGGUAUCUGUUUCUGCACUAUCACCAUCAGUGAAGAUCUGGGUUGAACCAAAAUCACUGAGUUUCGCUCAAGCAUAUGAGAAGAAGAUGUAUACUGUAACCUUUGUGACCAGUGCUAUGCCAUCUGGUACAAAAAGCUUUGCUAACUUGGAAUGGUCUGAUGGGAAACAUAUAGUGAGUAGUCCUAUUGCUAUCAGCUGGUUUUAAUUUUAGUACCAUUGUUGAACCUAAUCUAACUCCAGAUCAGAGGAUGCAGUGGCUCCUCUGCUGAUCCGUGGUUGCUGAUAAGGUGCUUAGAAAUGCACUGAAUCAUGCAGCGUGGUGAA